GGGUAAAAACUAGGGUGAAAAAUUACCGUCCUGUAAUCCGACUGAUAUUCGAAUGUUUCUGUUUCAUUCUUGUUAAGAGGUUGGCCGCCCUGUCAGUGUGACCUAAAUAUGCGGUGUCCACCAUCAAGUUUGGUUUCUUUCCUGAUGACAUCAACUAGAAAACGAAUAUACCAGGAAGAGUUCCUCAAUUAUGAGUUUACACAAAUAGAAGACAAAGGAAUAAUGAAACCACAGUGUGUUGUCUGUUUGAAAGUACUGACUGCAGAAUUUUUCAAAAAGAGUCAGUUGAAGAAACACUUGAAUAAUUUGCACCCACACCUGUCCAAACCACGGGAAUACUUUGCAAAUUUGGAAAUGUCUGUCAAAAAAAAAAAAGGACUGCACAGCAACUUGAGAAGUACAUUCGAUCAACGUUCAGCAUCAAAGGCCAGCUUUGAAGUGGCCUGGUUGAUUGCCUGAAACAAGAAACCACAUACUAUUGGUGAGCAAUUGGUUAAACCAGCAGCUUUGAAAAUGACAGAGAUUAGGUGUGGUCAGAAAGAAGCUGCGAAACUAAAUUCAGUGCCCUUGUCUGCAAAAGUUGUGAAAGAAAGAAUUUCUGUUUUAGCAGAAAAUGUGAAGGAACAAGUUAUUUCUUCAAUAAACGAGAGUAAAUGCUUUGCUAUUCAGCUUGAUGAAACUACAGACGUCAGUAGUAGUUCGCAGCUGAAGGUGUAUGUUCGUUACAAAGGUUUACAUGCAAUUGAAGAGGAGUUGUUGUUUUGUUCUCCCCUCAAGUUGCGAUCUCGUGGAAUUGAUGUCUUCAAUAAAAUUAAUGAAUACUUUAAUAAUGCUAAUUUAAAGUGGGAAGACUGCAUUGCUUUGUCUGUUGAUGGAGCUCCAGCUAUGUUGGGUCACGUUAGUGGUUUUUCGGCUUUAGCAAGAGAGAAAAAUAAAAAAAUUGAAGUUAACCACUGUAUAAUCCAUCGCAAGGCACUGCUUGUGAAACGUUUGGAAGCUGCACUGGAAGCCAUCAUGCAUGAUGUUAUCAAUGUUGUCAAUGGACAUGUACUAAACAUGCGACUAUUUCGUGAAUUAUGUACAGAUGGUGAGGCUGAAUAUACAGACCUACUUUAUCAUACAGAAGUGAGGUGGCUGUCACGUGGAAAUGUUCUGAACCGAGUGUGGGUUCUCAAAACUGAACUUGAAAUUUUUAUGGUUGAUCAAAAGCAUGUUCUCGCAGAUAAGUUUACAAACUCCUUGUGGGUUGCACAUCUCGCAUACCAGCUGACAUUUUUGAGUAUGUGAAUGCAUUGAACAAAGAAUUGCAAGGAUAAAACAUCAAUAUAAUUUCAGCCAGAGAAAAGAUUUCAGCGUUUGGAUCAAAGCUUUUAUAUUGGAGACAGAAAGCAGAACAAAACAAGAUUGCUACCUUUUCAAGGUUGGCUUUGUUUUUUGGAAGAUUGUGAAAAUAUUACUUUUGACGACAUCAAGGACACAGUUAUAAGGCAUCUUACCAAACUCAAAAAGCAGUUCGAUGAUUACUUUCCAGAUCUUGAUUCACACAAUGUCAGUUGGGUUGUAGAUCCCUUUAAAUCUGAAAUUGCUGAUGUACCAGAAGAGCCUCAAGGUUUGGCAGAGGCACUUCUUGAACUUCGAUCCAAUAAUGAAGCAUGUAUUGAAUUUGAAAACAAGCAGAUCUGUCAUAUUUUUGGAUGUCAAGAGCUGCAAAUGCUUUCAGAAUUGCACAUGAGGAGGCAGUCAAAAAGUUGCUGCCCUUUGCAACAACCUACCUUUGCGAACAAGGAUUUUCCACUCUACUGAACAUAAAAACAAAGCAGAGAAAUCGAUUGGACCCCGAAGACAGUAUGCAAAUUGCUCUGACAUCAAAAUGUCCCAAUUUUGAUGUUAUUGUAUCAAAAAUGAAAAACAUAAUUUCUCCAAAACUUGAAGUGGAAAAAAUUUUCUAAGAAAUCCUUUUGUUUCAUAAUGAGGAUAUUAAUUUACUCGUAUUUUAUCGCAUUUAUUUUAUACUUUUUAUAUUUAUAAUUGUAUUCUCCAUAUAAAUAGAUUCAAUAAACCUUUUGAAUUUGACUAAUCUAUGAUUUUCUCUCUUUCAAAUCAAGGGGUUAACGUCGGCGUAAAUAAAUAUAUUUUGGGGUAAUAAGUAAAAAAGUUCCCCGACCCCUGGUCUGUUGUGUCGAACAAUGCUGGUGUAUAUAAUCGAGAAGCUUCUACAACUUGUGUUUUUGCAGGGGAAUUCGACAUGUUACCACCUCUCCCUCUUAUCCCCAGACGUCGCAAGUUGAACGCUUCACGGUGGCCCUGGUUAUCUAUCAUAACUCUCAACUUACUCAUUGGGACGAAAAUCUUUCGUCGCUAGCUCUAGCCUUUAUUAACUCAGCAUGGCAUGACUCGAUUGCAGGGACUCCAUCCCCUGGGGCUUAAAUGGAAAUUGUUCGAACUUGAGCUAGACAAGAUUGCUAAGAGUAUGGAGCAAUUCUGGGAGACGGCCUUGGAUAAUUUGAGGAAGGCCCGCGCCAGGGUUGCUGGUAGAUAUGAUGGAGGGAGAAGGCGAGCAGUUUCGUGUGGGCGAUUUGGUCCUAGUACGAGUGUACCGUUAAGUUCAAAGUCCCGACGGCAUUCCGCCAAGUUAGACUAUAAGUGGUAUAUACCACUAAAGAUUGUGAGAUUUGUGUCUCCUGUAACAGUUCAGUUAGCAAAUCCAGAUACAGGUGUAAUCAUCAGAAAGGCACAUGUCUUUCAAUUAAAGAGACAUUUUUUGGUCAAGUGAUCGUAUUGGUUAUAUUACUGGUUUUGUUUAGUUGAGUUGUAUGUUAUUCGGGUCUUGCUAAAUGAUGUAAUUACGUGGUAUUAAGUUGUACUCUUCUUUUCGAGCAGGAGGUUAUCAUAGUCCCUUACUACCCCUAUCCUAGGCACAAUGGAAAUAAAGAUCUUCGGAAGAACACCCCCCUCUGGAGCGUCACCAGUAUCACAAGCUUGUAAGCCGGGUCGCCUCGCAUCGAAGUGAAAGCUCUCCUGGCUCCGACCCUAUUGUCCGUCUGGGCACUUUUAUCGGACAGCGGAAGGGGCCAGUGACGACUAAAAUAUCUCGUUGGUGAACCAUGGAUGGACUGGACGUUUGUGUGUGGAAGACGCGUGUGUUGCCAAUGCCGAGUGCACCGUUGGCAGUUAUAUGCGGCCAACUGUCUGGACUCCUUUCCACCGAACGGUGUCAUGCAUGAAACUGGCUAAGUGAAGGGUGGGAAGAGUGAGUAGGACCGCCGGGAGCCAUGCAUGGAAAAGGGACUCCUAUCUCUAGUAUGUGUCCUCGGUAUGUUUCUGACUGAAACUAGGUGCACUGUGUAGUGAUAUGUGUAUGAGCAUGGGAACUCUAGAGAAUCUUCUCUGUGGAGUGACAUUCUACAAGUGUGCUCUUCGGUGAAGGGGGUGAUAGUGAGCCGUGCUGAAGGUCAACUCACUCUCGGCGUGACGUCAUGGCGGCUGCCAUUCCCAGAUUCCAUUCCCACACCUAAUAAUAUUGACGUACUACCCUCGUCACGUGACCCCAUCCCACCUCCUAGUCUCGGAACGAGGAUAGUCUUACUGUGCAGUCUUUAGCGGAGGGGUGAACUGAGAUAAGAGAAAGGGAAACACAGUAACAACUGCCUCUAAGAGCGAAG